CAGAAGCAGAAAUGUCUGACCAAAACGUCCGCAAUGCUGGUUUCACUUCCUCCGGGAUCAAGGAAGGAUCACUCGCUUCCUCAGUGAUGUCCCGAGAAGCAAGAGAGUUUGGGGGAGGUGUGCGUUCCGGAGGCCCCACUUCUACUCUCCAGGAAAUGGGUGCCAAGGGCUCAACCCAUUCCUCAGGUUUUACCAGCAGUGGGAUUACCAGUGGAUCCCGGGCCUCCCAGAUGAUGUCUGAGGAGGCCAGAUCUCAUGGAGGUGGAAUUCCCAGAGGUGGUACGACUUCCACUGUCCUAUCCAUCUCAAUGGGUGGCAAAGGAGGAAAACGCUGAACAGAAGAAAAGCAUCGGUCCAUCAGUAAGCUCUGGACUUAGAUCAUCCUUUACCAACAGAGUAAUUUGACAGCUUCUACUCUUUGCUCUCUCUCUCUCACUAACAUAAAAAGCAAAGCCUUUCUC